CACGUGGUUUUCCCACCAUUGAUAUGGGACCACAGUUAAAGGUGGUUGAACGCACUCGAACAGCCACCAUGUUAUGUGCAGCCAGUGGCAAUCCUGAUCCAGAAAUAACAUGGUUCAAAGAUUUUUUACCUGUAGAUACAAGCAACAACAAUGGGCGCAUUAAGCAAUUACGAUCAGAAUCUAUUGGUGCCCUCCAAAUCGAAUUGAGUGAAGAAUCUGACCAAGGCAAAUAUGAGUGUGUUGCAACCAACAGUGCGGGUACUCGCUAUUCUGCCCCUGCCAAUCUAUAUGUCAGAGAGCUGCGAGAAGUUCGCCGGGUCCCACCAAGGUUCUCAAUCCCACCCACCAACCAUGAAAUUAUGCCUGGAGGAAGUGUUAAUAUCACCUGUGUUGCUGUGGGGUCACCAAUGCCAUAUGUGAAAUGGAUGCUGGGGGCUGAAGAUCUGACACCAGAAGAUGAUAUGCCAAUAGGAAGGAAUGUCUUGGAGCUCAAUGAUGUUAGGCAGUCUGCUAACUAUACUUGUGUGGCCAUGUCCACUCUUGGUGUUAUAGAAGCAAUAGCACAGAUAACUGUAAAAGCAUUACCCAAACCUCCAGGAAUUCCUGUUGUGACCGAAAGCACAGCAACAAGCAUUACUUUGACCUGGGAUUCUGGAAACCCUGAGCCGGUGUCUUACUACAUAAUCCAGCAUAAACCUAAGAGUUCUGAGGAAUUAUAUAAAGAAAUUGAUGGAGUAGCCACCACAAGAUACAGUGUGGCUGGCUUAAGCCCAUAUUCUGAAUAUGAGUUCAGAGUAGUUGCUGUGAAUAACAUAGGAAGGGGUCCACCCAGUGAACCUGUGACAACACGGACCUCAGAGCAAGCACCAUCUAGUGCACCACGUAAUGUACAGGCUCGUAUGUUGAGCUCAACCACCAUUUUAGUGCAGUGGGAAGAACCUGAGGAACCAAAUGGUCAAAUACAAGGCUACAGAGUGUACUAUACCAUGGAUCCUUCCCAGCAUGUCAACAGCUGGUUAAAACAUAAUGUGGCUGACAGCCAUAUCACCACCAUUGGGAAUCUUGUACCGCAGAAAACUUACUCAGUGAAAGUUCUUGCUUUUACCUCGGUUGGAGAUGGACCACUUUCUAGCGAUAUACAAGUCAUCACUCAGACAGGAGUACCAGGACAGCCGCUAAACUUCAAAGCUGAACCUGAAUCUGAAACAAGCAUAUUACUUUCUUGGACCCCUCCACGGUCUGAUACAAUCUCCAAUUAUGAUCUUGUUUACAAAGAUGGAGAACAUGGUGAAGAGCAGAGAAUUUCUAUUGAUCCAGCUACAUCUUACCACUUACAAGGCCUAAAACCAAAUAGCUUGUACUACUUUCGUUUGGCUGCACGCUCUCCACAAGGCCUUGGUGCAUCAACAACAGAAAUUUCAGCUAGAACAAUGCAGUCAAAGCCAUCAGCUCCUCCUCAAGACAUUAGUUGCAACAGCCCCAGCUCCACUAGUAUUUUGGUAAGUUGGCAACCUCCUCCAUUGGAAAAACAAAAUGGAAUUAUCACUUCCUAUUCCAUCAAGUACACUGGAACUGAUGGAGAAGAUGACAAGCCCCAUGAAAUUUUGGGAAUUACUCCGGAUACUACACAGUACCUUUUGGAACAGUUGGAAAAAUGGACUGAAUAUCGCAUAUCUGUGGCAGCCCACACUGAUGUCGGACCUGGCCCAGAGAGUGAAUCUGUAUUUAUUCGGACAGAUGAAGAUGUUCCUAGUGGUCCUCCUCGCAAAGUCGAGGUUGAGGCUGUCAACUCUACAUCUGUUAAAGUGUCAUGGCGUUCUCCAGUGCCCAAUAAACAGCAUGGCCAAAUCCGAGGUUACCAGGUGCACUAUGUGAAGAUGGAAAAUGGAGAGCCUAGGGGCCAACCCAUGCUGAAGGAUAUCAUGUUGGCUGAUGCACAGUGGGAAUAUGAUGAUACUACUGAACAUGAGAUGAUCAUAGCUGGAUUACAGCCAGAGACAACAUAUUCCCUAACUGUGACAGCCUAUACAACCAAAGGAGAUGGAGCACGGAGCAAACCUAGAUUAGUAUCUACUACUGGUGCAGUUCCAGGAAAACCCCGGCUUGUAAUUAGCCACACACAAAUGAGUACAGCUCUAAUUCAGUGGCACCCACCUGUUGAUACAUAUGGCCCCCUGCAAGGGUACCGCCUGAGGUUUGGCCGCAAAGACAUGGAUGCAUUUACGACACGGGAUUUUACUGAUAAAGAUGACCACUACACGGCUACUGAUAUUCAUAAAGGGACUUCUUACAUCUUCAGGCUUUCAGCUAGAAAUAAAGUGGGCUUUGGGGAAGAGAUGGUAAAAGAAAUUUUGAUUCCAGAAGAUCUACCAAGUGGAUUUCCUCAAAAUCUACAUUCAGAAAGUGCCACCUCAACGUCCAUCCAACUAACUUGGCAACCACCCAUUUUAUCCGAGAGAAACGGUAUUAUCACCAAAUACACUCUACAGUACAGAGAUAUCAAUGUGGCACAUCAACAAACAGAGAUCCCUGUUGUUCCUCUUGAUACUAUUAUGACACUUUCAGGCUUAAAACCAGAUACCACAUAUGAUGUAAAAAUACGUGCACAUACAAGCAAAGGGCCCGGUCCAUAUAGUCCCAGUAUCCAGUUUAGGACAUUACCUGUGGAUCAAGUGUUUGCAAAAAAUUUUCAUGUCAAAGCGGUAAUGAAGACAUCAGUACUUCUCUGUUGGGAUAUACCAGAGAAUUACAACUCUGCCCUGCCGUUCAAAAUUCUUUAUGAUGACGGGAAAAUGGCAGUUGAAGUGGAUGGCCGAGCCACGCAGAAACUGAUCACCAACCUGAAGCCUGAGACAUCCUAUUCAUUUGUGCUAACCAAUAGAGGGAAUAGUGCUGGAGGUUUGCAACACAGGGUGACAGCAAAGACAGCACCAGAUGUACUACGCACCCAACCACUUUUCAUUGAUAAGACCAAUCUAGAUGGAAUGAUAACCGUGAAGCUGCCAGAAGUACCUGCAAACAAAACUAUAAAAGGUUACUAUAUAGUAAUUGUGCCUUUGAUAAAGAAAUCAGAUGGAAAAUUCAUGAAACCACGCGAGAGCCCAGAUGAAAUGGAAUUAGAUGAGCUACUGAAAGAGAUAGCACGAAAACGCAGAAGCAUCCGUUUGGGGAGAGAAGCAGAUUUAAAGCCAUAUAUUGCAGCACGCUUUGAAGUUCUUCCUACUGAGUUCACCCUGGGGGAUAAAAAACAGUAUGGUGGUUUUGAGAACAAGCAGCUCCAAAACGGCCAAGAAUAUGUUGUCUUUAUUUUAGCUGUUAUGGAACAUUCAGAAUCAACCAUGUAUGCGACCAGCCCAUAUUCUGAAACAGUUGUGUCAGUAGACCUUAAUCCCCAGCCAAUUACAGAAGAGGAAGAAGGCUUGAUUUGGGUUGUAGGACCAGUCCUUGCAGUUGUAUUUAUCAUCUGUAUUGUUAUAGCUAUUCUACUGUAUAAAAGGAAAAGGGCAGACACAGACUCUAGAAAGAACAGUAUCCCCAACAGUAAAGAAAUUCCUUCACAUCAUCCCACAGAUCCAGUAGAGCUACGACGCCUUAAUUUUCAAACUCCAGGACCAAGUUUCUCUGGUUACCCUGGUAACCUACAUUCUUCAAGUAUGGCUAGCCAUCCACCAAUACCUAUUUUGGAACUUGCGGAUCACAUUGAAAGGCUGAAGGCAAACGACAACUUGAAAUUUUCCCAAGAAUAUGAGUCAAUCGACCCAGGUCAGCAAUUUACAUGGGAACACUCUAACCUGGAAGUAAAUAAACCAAAGAACAGAUAUGCAAAUGUUAUUGCUUAUGACCAUUCUCGAGUUCUCCUAUCAGCAAUAGAAGGCAUACCUGGCAGUGAUUAUAUAAAUGCUAACUACAUAGAUGGUUACAGAAAGCAGAAUGCUUACAUUGCAACCCAAGGAGCUCUUCCUGAAACUUUUGGAGAUUUCUGGAGAAUGAUGUGGGAACAAAGGGGUGCAACUGUUGUCAUGAUGACCAAACUGGAGGAAAGAUCUAGG